AGGCUGGGAGGCCGAGAGCUGCCGGGCUGCGACAUGUGAGAGGAGCUCGACCCCUUGACCCCUCACAGCUCUCAACCAUAGAUUUGAGCUUGAUUGUGUUCUUUGCAGCAGAACCCACUUGAAGUGACGUUGUGACCACGACCUGACACACUCCUGCCUCGGGCAUGCCUCAGCCGGGUAUGAAUGGGAUGGAGCCUGUGUUUGGCGAGGCCUACGGGGGACACAGGGGCCUGCUGAGCCCUUACCCCCUGGCCAUGUCGCCACAAGGGGGCAGGACCGAGUACGACCAGAGCGUGCUCCUCAUGCUGGGCUCCCCGGCAUCGCCACGGAAACGGCCCUUUGAGUUGCUAAGCGACCUGGUGGACGACGGUGGCUUUGGCGAGGACCUGCAUCCGGAGCGCUGGGACGUGUCGUCGCUGGAUGAAAUGGCUCGCUACACCAAGCUGGGCCUCGGCGUGGGAGGGGAGCUGCUGGCCUGCUCCGAGGAGGCCGUCCUGAUGGGCCGCUGGGGGAGGAGCCGGGAGGAGGAAGAAGAGGAAGAGGAGCGGAGGAGGAGGAGCGGCAGACACACAACGCCUCCAGUCACCCAGGAAGUCCAGGCCCCAGCUGCGGGGAGGGAGGAGGAGCGCCUAUCUGUUACCACGGCAACAGGGAGGGAGUUAUGUGUCGCAGGAAGAGCGGCCGGAGGAGGUCAGGAUGGGGGGAUGUCGAGGGAGCGUACAGUGGAGGUGUAUCAAGUGGCACAGGAGGAAGAGGAGGCGGUUGCUGUGGCAGCGGCAGGUUUGGCUCUGGAGCACUGCAGCGAGGAGCACAACUACUCCCUGAGCCAGGGGGGGGAGCUGGGAACAGGACCCGCUCACAACUGUCAGACAGAGGAGGUGCAAGCGGGGGAGACGCAGCAGGAAGUGCAGGGCAGGGAGGAGAGCCAGGCUAAGACUGAGGACGAGGAAGAGGAGGUGGAUGAGGAAGAGGAUGAGGAGGAUGACGAGGAGGAGGAGGAAGAGGAGGGGACGGAGGAGACGGCAGUGGAAGCUGAACUCUCCAGCUCCUCAGAAACUGAAUGUGGUGAGUUGUGCUUCCAGUUUGUCUUUGUGUGAGUGGCGAGGAGAUCUCGGCUCGUUGCAGCUCUGCCAGCGGC